AAAACUGUCAAAUUAAAUUGCUAAUAUGGCUGAUGCAGCGCUAGCACGUCGCGAAGCACGUAGAAGAAAAAUAUUAGAAAAUUCUCAUAAUAGACUUCAACGUAUAUCAGGAAAAGCCAACGAUGAUAGCUGUCGAGAAUCACCUGUUCAUUCUUCAACGCCAGAUUAUCAGGAUAUAAAUCCUUCAGAGUGCAGCAGUAAAGCUUCAUUAUGUAACGGAGUAAUAAGUUCUUCUAUACAAACUGAAGAAUCCGUUCUCCCAACAACAGAAGAAGUUCCAACAAUUCAAGAAGAGGUAAUCAAUGACUUGGCAUCUUUAUUGCCACCUAAAUUUCCAACAAUUCCAACUGCAAACACUGAUUCUCCACCGAAAACGUCAUUGAUUGAUAAACUCGUUGCUAACAAGUAUGACAUAGUACUUCUGUCUUUGUUUAUUCAGAUUCUCUAUAAUUUUUCACUUUUAACAAUUGAAAGUACUUAUUUCUUUCUGCCCCUUAUUACCUACGCGGGCACGAAGAUAUAUUGGUUUCCAAAACCAGCUAAUUCCAAUUUUGAAAAUGUAUUAAUGCUUCUUAAAGGGCUUUCAACACAAAGAGUUCAAAAAUUACUGAGUGUAACACAAAUUGUUAGUGCAAUUGGCCUUGAUGCCUGUAUUUUUGUCUUCACUACAAUUUGUGUGCAAACUCUAUGUAUUUUUGUGAAGCAGAACUUUAUUACAUAGAACCGGUUUUUGUUUUUACAUACACAAAGAAAAUUGACUGUUUUGACUGAGCAGUUCAUUGGACUAGUAAGCUAGGGUUUUGGGAAUGUAUGUUUUUAUGCUUGUGCCUUUAAUGUAAGUGAUAUAAUGUGACAAGUGUGCGUUUUAGUCACAUAUUGCCAUCUUAGUUUAAAUUUUUGUAAGUUUGUACAUAAUAUACAAAACAAAUAAAAUUAUUUGUAAUAUAUAAAAUAGUUGAAUUACUGCCUUGUCUUCUUCUUACAAAGACAAUCUCCACAUUGCAAAUUAAUGAAGGAAUCCAAUAUUUUUCUAUUUGUAGAUAUCCACAACGACAUUGGGUUGUGUGUACAAGUUUUCAUGUACAUAACAUUGCAUUUACUAUAAGAAUAAUAAUUUAGUAAUCAAAGUUAUUUUUGUACUUUGUUACAUUAGCAAAUUGUUACUAAAUAGUUUAUUACUUACAUUAUUAUACAUAGUUGGUUAAAUAUCUCUGUAAUGUUAUACAUAUUGAUAUUAGUAAAUGUUCUUUGCAAGUGUUGAAGUCAUGAAAAUAGAAAUCUUUAAUUUUAAAAAUUUGCAUUUAAAUUGUGUAGAAUUUUUUUGUUUACUAUAAAACUAUGGCAGUCUGUGACUGAACAAUUUCGAUUGUAUAUUUUAGGAAUUGGACUAUAAUAAAAGAGUGCUUUUUCAGUUGCUCAAAUUUGUCAUUAAUAAUUCUUUAAAAAAAAAUAUUUUAAGUAUAUAUAUAUUUAUUGCAAUGAAAUAAAAUUUCCUACAAAUGGCAAACUGAGGGCCAUUUUUUAUGUAUAACUGACAAUUUCUUAUGAGUUAUUUGUUUGAUAGUGCAUAUUUAUUUUAUCUUCUUUUUAAAUUGAUGAUUUCAUAUACUAAAAUAUAUGUUUAAUUUGUGUUUUUGUUUUAUAAAAUAUAUGAAUAUUAAUUUAGCAUGUGAAACUUGAUUAAUUAUCAUAAUUCAACCAACACAAUGAUAGUCUCAAAUCUAUAAUUAAUUAUAAUACAAAAUUUUAUGCCUCAAUAUUAAUCUUCAUUUAAAUUAACCAAAGAUGAAGCCAAUAACACAAAAUAUACUGUCUAUAUA